AUGGAUGUCCUUGAACAACAAAUUACCAAGACUUUAUCAAAUCUUAAUGAUAAGAAAUCUUUCUUAGAGGAACAAAAAGUUCAAUAUAAUGCUAUUUUGGAUAGUGUUGGCCAGCAUUUUAUAGAUAGAGAGGCCACUGGUGAUAUCGAUGAUAGAAAGGAAAGAAAGGGGAUGGUAUUUGGAGAAGUUAUUGUCUCCGAAGAUACCUUUUAUUUAAAUAUUGGUUAUGAUUAUUAUGUAGAGAAACAAAGAGAUGAAAUUCUGGAUUUUCUUAAAAACAAACUUUAUUUAAUAAAUCAAGCUAUUGACCAAUUUACAUCUAAAAUAGAAGAAGGUAAUAAGGCAUUAGGUGAUAUGCAGAUGUUUUCUCAGCAAGAAAAGGCAGAAGAAAAGAAGCUCGAUAACGAUUAUGAAAUGGCAAAUGAAGAAGGUGAUGAAUUAUUUCAGCCGAUGGAAAUUAGGGAAGAAUUGGAUGAUGAUGGCAAUAUUAUUAGUAGUUCAGUGACACCUCAUGCCUCCUCUAAGAAAAAGGUAGCAGAAUUAGAACAAAGAAUAUUAGAUGGAUCUACUGAUGCUACAAUAUCUAGUAAUGAUAAAAGUUUACCUCAGCAAGCUAAGCAAAGUUAUUUUGAGAAAAACUUAAGAGGGAAAUUGAAUCGAGAUUACAAAAAAAACAGAAAGAAAUUCAAGAAAAUACCAAAAAUAGAAGAAGUCGUAGAUAUUACCUUACAAGAUAAAUCAAAAUCAUCAGAUUUGACAGUUUCGGAAAAUGACCUCAAUAACGAUAUUGACGAAAAUGAUAGCAAUAGUGAUAAUAUUAAUAGUUUCAAUGGCAUAUCUAAAAACGAAAUGUACACGUUUGCAGAUUUGGUUGAAAAAUUGGAUGAGCAAGAUAAUUUAGAAGAUGGUGAAAUUGAUCUUGCUGAUGUUGCAUAUGAUAUGGAUUCAUAUAGGGGUCUUGAUUAUUCAAAAUAUGAUGACUACGGAAAUGAUAAUGAUGAUGCUGAUGAUGAUGAAGUUAGUUUUGGUGAUGAUUAUGAUUAUGAUAAGCCGGCAAGAUUUACUACAGUUCCUGGGUUUGCUAGAAACUCGUUUAUGGAUCAAAUUAAUCAAUUAAGAAUGGCAAGGACUUCUAACGAUGGGGAAAUUGUUGAUCAAGAAGAGUCGGUAAAAUAUGAAGAAAAUAUUAAGACUCCUGUAACUCCAAUACCUAAGAAGGAAGCUGGCAAAUCCAUCUUAAAAUCAAGUUCACUCUCAGUAAACGCUUCAUCUGAAAAUAUCACUACAACUGAAAAGAAGAAAAGUGUAGCAUUUGCUGAAGAAUUAGAUAUUCAUGAAAUUGAAAAUAUGAAAUCAGAAACAAAGAGAAAUACACAUAAUUUCCCAAGAUUUUCCAAUAGUGGAUCCAUGACCUAUGAAAUUGAUCCGCAUGAGGGAAUAUUAACCAAAGAUGACUUCGAUAGUGAUUUAUUUGCUGAGUUAUUAGGUGUUAAAAGAUCUGAAGAAAUCCAUGAUAAAUAUUCAAAAGUUGUCGAAGCAGAACUUGAACACGAAGAAGAAGAAAUGCAAAAUAAGAAAAAGAGAGUGUCUAGAUUUAAAAAGGAUAGAAUUAUUACAGACCCAUCUGUUUCAACAAAUUCAAGGGAUAAAAUUAGUAGUAAUGCUUCCAAAAAUUCAAUAGUUAAUUACAUUAUUGAAAGAAAUGAUAUUACAUCCAACGAUAUUGUAGAAUAUAAAGUAACAGAUACAAGUAAAAGAACCUCUGCGGAUUCUUCUAAAAAGCAGCCUAUUGAAGAUACCAUUACUGAGAGAGUUGUUGAGGAUGCUGUUAUAGAGAGGGCUGUUGAGGAUGCUGUUAUAGAGAGGGCUGUUGAGGAUGCUGUUAUAGAGAGGGCUGUUGAGGAUACUAUUGUUGAAAGACCUAUCAAAGAUACUAUUACAGAGAGGGCUGUUAAAGAUAAUAUUGUUGAAAAUCCUACCAGGAAUACUAAAGUAGAGAGAGCCAUUGAGGACACUAUUGUAGAAAGGGUAGUUAAAUAUGGCUUUAUGGAAAGAGCUGUUGAAGAUACUAUUGUUGAAAGGGCGGUUGAAGAUACGAUUAUAGUGGGAACUAUCAAGGAUACUAUUGUUGAAAAAGCUGUUGAAGAUAUUGUUACAGAAGAUACUGUAACCCCCUCCAUAAGUAAAACCAACCCGCCGAAGCUAUCGAAAUUUAAUAAGAAGAUGAAUUCUCUUAUUAGGCCAAGUAACUAUACACCUCAAAAUUCCACAGAACAACUCUUGAAACAAUUAGACGAAUCAGAUAACGAAAUUGAAGAAACUAUUAAGCCUUCAAAACAUGAUACUGACAACAAUCAAGGAUCAUUUCCCGAAGAGAUUAAUGAUAUUAUAAAAAAAGAACAAGAAAAGAAUAAAGGCAUAAAACAGUUGCCGACUAUUGAUUAUCAAGCACUUGGUGAUAAUAUCGAUGACAUGGUACGGGCGUACUCCUUAGGUAUUUACGAUGGAGAUUUAGAAGAAGAUCCAGGUACAUUGAUUGAAAAAUUAGAAGACUUUAAAGACUAUAAUAAUCAAGUAGAGGAAUUGAAAGACGAGAUUGCAGAGUUCCGAUUGAAUUCGAAUAAUGAAACAAAACAACAAGAAGCUGAUGAUGACGACGAUGGGACUCCUAUGGUUGUUGAUAUCGUCGAGAAUGAUAUACCGGAGAAUUAUCAAGAAGACGACGUUGAUUAUGGCUUGAGUACUGAGAAGUUGCAAGAAUCGAUCACGUUAGAGUAUCAUAAGAUGAAAGAAGGAUUGAUAGGGAAGAUGAUGUCAUCCUUUCCCGAGGUCAAUUACGAGAAUGGAGAGGUGGAGGGUCCAGAUGAAGGGAAAAGUUUGGAACCCAUUGAUGAAUACGGUAAUCCUUUAAAGACAAGUCGGUUUAGAAGUCGCCAGAUCUCUAUGAAUGAAACAAUUGGAUAA